GCCGGCGCUGCCGUCGAGCGCAGAGGGAUGAAUCACCCCCUGAGUUUACUUCACAAUCCAAGCUCGCAAUCGCUGCAGCCGCAGCCUUUGUGCUAUCAUUCUAAGAGUGUUCGAAGGCUUAACUUUGGUCGGAAGCUGCAUUUCGCUGAGAAAUGCUGGGUUCAAAGAGAGGAAAAAAACUGUGAUUCCAGUGAUAAUUUACGUCUGCAUGUACAAACUCUUAGGAAGUUUCCCAUUGAAAAGCUCUCUGGUGAAGUUGCCAUUGUGCGACUUGAUUCAUCUCUCCUGCUGGAACAACUGGGCAUCAAUAGUCUAUUUUUGAACGGUGCUCUUUCUACAAUCAGAUAUUUGCAUACUGCUGGGGCUAAAGUCCUGCUGAUUAGCAAUUGGGGUAAUUCCAGUGACUCGAACCUUCUUUCGACCGAGUCUUUUGCAGAUCAUCUAUCCAAGCUUCUCAACAUUGAAGUCGUGCCAGCAAAUAUUGUUUCCGAUCUCAUGCAAUCUACAGAGGAAAAGAUCAAGAAAUCAGAUGUUCUCCUUCUUCCAAAUUUAUCGAAGUUCAGAGAAGAACUGACUAAUUGCACAGAUUUUUCUAGAAAAUUAUCAUCAGGAGCUUAUGUCUUUGUUAAUGAUGCUUUCUCCUUAUCCCAUAAGAUUCUUGCAUCAACUGUUGGAAUCUCGCGGUUUUGUGAUGCAUCUGUUGCAGGUUUCCAUUUUGAAGAGAAGCUAUUGCAAUUAAUAGAAGCCAGGAAGAUAACCAGACAACCAUAUUUUGCAAUUAUUGGUGGGGGGAAUUUCUUAGAAAAAGCACCUGCUUUGCAUCUUCUAGCUUCUACAUGUGAUGGCCUAAUUUUUAUCGGGAAAUUGGCAUUUCAAACUAUGCAUGCUUUGGGUGUAUCCGUCCCGUCAUGCCUUAUUGAACAAGAUGCUGCUGGAGAGGCAUUAAAAUUGAUUCAAAUUGCACACAAUAGGAGAAUACCAAUAUAUUAUCCAGAUGACUUGUGGUGUGCUGAUAAUCACAACCCAGAGAGUUUGCAGUUGUUUCGUUCUGAUGGAAUAAUGGCUGGUUGGACACCUCUUUAUCUUGGUCCAGUUUCGUUGGAGAAGAUUUUUGCUUUGCUUUCAAAAUGCAAGAAGGUUUUAUGGAUUGGUCCGCUAAAAUUUGAUCCAUCAGUGGAAGAUGCAGAUGGAGAAUCUAAGUUAGCUUUGAUGCUUGAAAGUAUAAAUAAAGCUGGCUGUGAGGUAACUGUCGUUGGAAAUGCGGCUUGCAAGGCAAUAUUUAGACACUCUAGUACUAUUUCAACGUAUAAAAUAUUCAAAAGUGCAUCAGUGUUGUGGGAUUUUCUCAAGGGAAGGACAUUGCCAGGUGUUACUGCUUUAGACAGAGAUUAUCCGUUUCACCUUGAUUGGGAUGCUAUUUUCACAGACCCAACUAAACCUUUGGUUGUUGAUAUUGGUAGUGGAAAUGGUUUAUUUCUCUUCAACAUGGCCAAGAGAUGGAAACAUUCAAAUUUCCUUGGUCUUGAGAUUAAUGAUAAGCUUGUUAAACGCUGCCAGCAGAGAAUUCAUGGUGUCCUAAACAAUGUAUAUUUCUUAUCAACAAAUGCUACGUCCUCAUUUCACUCAAUAAUUUCAAGCUAUCCUGGAGCUCUGGUUCUCACCUCAAUACAUUGCCCAAAUCCUGAUUUCAACAAAGAAGAACAUAGAUGGAGAAUGGUGCAGAGGAUAAUGGUUGAAGCAGUAAUCGAUCUUCUUGUCACCAAUGGAAAGAUUUUCUUGCAAUCUGACAUAGAAGCUGUUGCCUUGAGAAUGAAAGAGCAGUUUAUGAUGUUCGGAAAGGAGAAGCUUGUGAUUGAGGGAGGUGACGGCGAGGGUUGGCUUCCAAACAAUCCAUUUGGUGUACAGUCAGAUUGGGAGCAACAUGUCAUAGGUCGAGGUGAUCCUAUGUACAGACUAAUGCUUAGAAAAGUCAGGUGACGCCGUGCGCAGAUGACAGAUAAUCAUUCAUCUCCAUUUAAUUAUCUCAGUUCACCCUCAUGUUACCAAUAACAAUAAUAAUAACAAUAAUAGAUAAAGAAUAUAAAAUAAAAAUAAAAAACACCCUUAUGUCAUUCCGUCGACAUGUAUAACCCAUCUAUUCCCACUUCCGUUAAAAUUUUCAUUUAAACAAGUGAUGUUUGAUGGAUUUACUUGUGCUUGUGUGUGUCUGCAACAUUAUUGUGCCUACAACAUUUAUGGUAAAUACGUCAAACAAAUAAAUCUCCACACCCGCUGGUCCAA